CGGGACAUGGUUAAAUAACUCACCUUUUAGAUCAACCUUUGGCCUGUCAAAGUCCUUCAUAUACACAUACACAGUGCUAGAUAACACCUGAGCAGAAGAAAGCAGCCACCUCCUUUAGGCUGGGACACCGAGGAGACUGCAGCUGAAAAUAAUGGCUGGGCCCAAACCACGUAUUAUUAAUCUGACCAAGCGAGAGGGACAGGGCUAUGGCUUCUACCUCCGAGUGGAGCAAGGCGAGGAGGGUCACCUGAUCCGAGCCCUUGAGAUGGGCGGCGCGGCUGAACUAGCCGGUCUGAAGGAUGGAGACCGCAUUAUCAGAGUCAAUGGAACUUUUGUGGACAAUUUGGAGCACAGUCAGGUUGCAGAUUUGGUGAGAAAGAGUGGGAUGAGCGUCACAUUGCACGUUCUUGGAGAAGAGCCAUAUAAGACGGCCAAAGCCAAGGGUGUGAAUCUCGCCGACCCUCAGUCCCAGUCAGGCCAGAGCCAGCCCACCAUGAACGGAGUGUCUGCACCAGCCGCUAAAGCCAAACUUUGUUAUCUGCAAAAAUCCAGCAGUGGAUUUGGUUUCUCCUUAAAGUCCACCAAAGGUACUAAUGGCGUAUUCAUGAUUGACGUUGUGUCUGGAGGAGUAGCUGAUCAGGCGGGUGUCAAGCUAGGUGAUCGUUUGGUGGAGAUAAACAGCGAAAAUGUUGAGAGUCUCAAACAUGAACAGAUUGUGCAAAAGGUGAAAGCAGUCGGUGACAGAGUGAUGUUUCUGCUGGUGGAUGACGAUGCUGACAAAUACUUCAAGAGCAAAAGCAUUCGACCAGGGGUGGCUCAUGCCACGGUCAGGCACCUCGCACAUAAGCCACGCAUUGCAGACAUGACCAAGAGAGCAGAUGGUUAUGGCUUCAUCCUGAAGGAAGAUCCUAAACGUAAAGGUCAUUUCAUUGGAGAAAUAGACAAAGGAAGCCCUGCGGAGAGAGCAGGACUGAAGGAAAUGGACCGACUAGUGGCUGUGAAUGGAGAGGAAAUCGAUAACUGCACACAUGAGCAGGUGGUGGACAAAAUAAGUAAAGAAGGAAACAAGUGCUGCCUCCUGGUGCUGGAUGCUGAAACCGAGAAAAUGUACAAAUUGGGUGGUGCUUCUCCACUUCUGUACUGGGAGGAAAUGAGAGGAUCCCCUCCCAGCUAUCCUGAGCACGAACCUGCUCCAGCAGUGCCCGUGCCUGUCCCAGCUGUACCUGCUCCAGCAGAAGUGGACCACAAACCCAAACUGUGCCGGCUGGAAAAGACCUCUGCUGGAUAUGGUUUCCAUCUCAAUGGCAUCCAGGGAGUUAACGGACAGUACAUCAAGGAGGUGGUGAAAGGUGGAGCAGCAGACAAAGCUGGACUGGAGGACGAUGACAUUGUUGUGGAGGUGAACGGUGUGAACGUGGAAACCAGCACACAUGAGGAGGCCGUUAACCUCAUCCGCAAGAGCGGGGACACGCUGGUCCUCUUAGUGGCUGAGAGGACAGCCUAUGACCACCUGAAAGCACGAGGGAUCGCCAUCACCCCUCAGCUGCUGAAUGCUAAUGCUCCCUCCACUAAUGUCCCAGCACCAGCUUAUGAACAAGAGGAUGAGAGGAAAGACACAGAAAGUGACAGUGAAAGACCAGCCACUCCACCAGCUCAAACCCGUUCAAGGGCUUCUUCUUCAUCAUCCUCAUCAUCAUCAUCAUCUUCCUCACCAUCAAAUAGUGAGGACGAAAGACUCUGAGCACACCACACUUUCCUGUACCAACAGAUACCUUCAAUAGUAACACUUUAUUUUAGUGUCCUUGUUACACCUUACAUGUACUUUCCAUAUAGUAAUAACAGUAAAUUAAGCACAAUUACAUGCAACUAACCCUAAACCAAGCCCUAACCCUAAAGUAAGUACAUCUUGAUAAUUAAUAUUAUUCAGUAUAAUUACACUGUAACAAGGACACCUUAAAAUAAAGUUUAACCCUUUCAAUACUGUGAUUUAGUGACAGGUCGAUGCACUUACCUGAUCAACUACUGCACAAUCUAUUAAGAGAGGAAAUGCCCGUUUGAAAAAGAGACUGUAAUUGUCAAGUAUUUUCAAUGUGAAUUUACAUAGCUACACUUAGUAAGGAUAUCAAAUGUAACUAUUUCUGUACUGCUUUCUUUGGGAUCUACAACAACGACAAUCUAUUUAAACUUGCAUUAUUAUACUUUUGAUGCAUGAAAUAUUAAAUUACAAGCAGUUACAGACUUUCAGAUAAUGCAUAGGCCUACUUCUUGAUGUGUAAUUUAUUCUAUGUCAUUUUUCUGAUGAAUGCCUUUUGAAUAAAACCUGCUCUUUUUUGAUGAGACGUCAAAUCGAAUUCUGUGUAAACCAUUCUUAUCAUUUUAAAGCAAAUUCUUGUUGGCAUCGCUGCUCUUCGUGUACCAAUAACACAGUGUUAUUUGACCAUGUUUUAUGUAAAUUACACAGUGAGUUUCAGAGAGAGGUCUACACAAUAAUUAAAGUUGGCAUGUAACUGAA